AUGGCGCGUUUCUCAUUUACGGACUUCCAGGGCUGCAGCAUUGCCACGAUCAUCGUUUUGCUUGCCGGCAUCCUGCACCGUGACUCAGGAUAUGAGGGCCGCGUGGCAUUUGGACUGGAUUGUCUCCGCCAAAUGGCAUGCGGUAGAAAUCCCACAGCGCGAACGGGAGUCCGAUUUGUCGAGGCUUUGCAGUCUAUCACAAACGAAGCGAGGUCCAAGCUGUUGGCCACGGAUCUGGGGCCAGAAAACAGGCCUGGCGCUUCAGCAGGAGAAGCAGACGAAUACGGGCGUUGGGCUGAAUGGCUUGCCAACGCUGAAACAAUCCACGACUUAUCGAGUGAUGAAUCCGAUUUGGAGCAGGCUGAAGAAUCGACAUGCAACGCUGUGAAUGCCCCCACUAUGCAACAGACCCCAUGGGACGAGGCGGCAGCGUUCCAGCUUCAAGAUAUAUCGGCUUCGGGAUUCGAUCUAGUAAUGGAUCAAUCAGCGGCCCCAAAUGGCCAGAACAUGAUGGCCAGUCUGUCUGCAGAGGAUACCUGGUUGCCCUCAUUUACUUGGAACGACGACCAUAUGCAAUUAAUGGGGUUGGCCGGCAUGGACAUUUUGGACUUCACGGACCUAUUCUAG